GUGAAAAUCAAAGCGCAUUUUGUCUACAGAAAAACGAGAAAACAAAAAAAACAGGAAAGAUUUUCAGAAGGUUCUGCGAUUUAUAUGGUAAACGUUUUAUUAGUGAAUUUAGAUUUUAGAAGGCGAACGAUUCGUAGUUUUUUGGCACUACGAUGAAUCCAAAUGAAGUGGUUUAUGUUGGAAACAUUCCAAAGCAGGCCACCAACUUGGAGCUAGCCGAGUUUUUCAAAGAUGUCGGCACUGUUGUCAAAGUUUCCUUCAUGCGAGAAAAUCGCAAUGAUUGCCGUACAAAGGUAGGUUUCGUGUUGUUUGAAAACGAAGCGCAAGCCAAGAAGGCAUGCAACUUUGAUCAGACCAUAUUCCAAUGGAACCGGGUGAUAGUGACGCUUGUCAACGAUGAGCGUCACUUCUGGGCUGGACACACCGUCGUCGUAAGGAAUCUCGCUUUUGAAAUCAACGAGGAAGAAUUGUAUGAGGCGUUUGGCCGAUACGGAAUGAUAGAAGCGGUACAGAUUCCUACCAAUAACUUUGCAUAUGUGGGCUUCAAAGACAAAUCGGCAGCAAAUGCUGCUCAGCGGUUAAACAAUACCAUACUUGGGUCGACUAAAAUAACUGUUCAGGUCUUGAACCGGAACGUUAGAGUACGGUUGGAAGAUUUUGACAGCUUCAAAACGCCGCGAGUCUACAACGAGCUGAUGGAUGCAAAAAUGAAGCAUACCUUUUCUAAAGGACAUGCUGCACUGCUUAGCACGCAGCCGAAAAUGAGCUUCGGCAACAACGACGAUGCUUACGAUCUUGAUGACGAUGACGAUGAUGAUGAGGAUAAUAGAGUUUACGAUCCAGUUACCAACCAGUUUUACAACAAAGUUAAAGAUAUCCAAGUGAAACGUGAGCCCCUGUUUGACCAAGAACAAGAAGAGGACAUGUUCUUUGCUCCACCAUCUACGGUAACUUGGAACACUACAUCAGAAAAAGAAUCAAAUAAUGUGACUUCAUCGAACAAAUCGCCAACUUGGGAUAUUUUGGGUGCGUCCUCUGCAGAGGAAACACAUGAAUCCCCCGAAGAAAUUCGACGCCGUGAAGUUCAAUUCACAAAGCACGGUAUAACAUCACCGAAUAAAAACGCGGUACGAGUUGAAAACAUUCCUCGCGAUGUGUAUGAUGAGGAUGUCGUAAAAUAUUUCGACCAGUUCGGGCCGAUCAUCAGCGUCGAAAUAGGAUUUUCUCAGAGCUGUAUUUUUACCAAAAUCUACACCGUCGUUUUUGAAGAGGAAAGUACUGCGGAGCGAGUUCUUGACUGUUUUAUGCGGAAAUGUGAAUUUUCUGGCGUCGUGUGCACAGUUUUCACAAUGCGACCCGACGAAACGCUUCUAGAGGUACCGGGAAAGGCCGUGCUCAUUGAUUACAUUUCCAAUAGUGUUGUAUAUGAAGACGUAGUGGAAGCAUUCUCUAAAGUAGGAGUGGUCAUUUAUGUAAAGAAAACUCACCGAAAUACUACACCGACAGUGGUUCAUUUUCUCCACAGUAUUUCUAUAGAUCGUGCUAAGCAAAUCACAAAACUCGAUGGCGAUAAGGUGCAAGUUGUGCCUUUUAGUCAUGAGGCGUUCCGUACAUUCACGUCGGAAUACUUGACAUUAAAGAAGGCAAGCUCACCACACACCAAAAAGCCUCUGAAAAACGUUCGAAUGAUGGACAUCGAAAUGAAAGAACAAACGGAGAAAGUAAAGAGUGUGAUACUUAGGACCGUGUUCAAUCCUAGCUACCGUAGUCCGAAUCCAGCACUAUACACAUACGAAGUGGUCAUCUACAACUGUCCGGCGCGAAUCACACUGAAAGACCUACGGCACCAUUUUAUCAACGUAGCCUUUGUGUCCAACAUGCGCUACGAGCAGAGCAUGUACGAUAAGAACACCUGGAAAGUAUUCGCUAGCUUUCCUACGUUCAUUGAAGCGUUUAAUGCUGUACGACUGAAAGGGUUACUGGCAACGUUUCCGAUAUACAAGCAUUUAGCGACAGAGAAACCAAAACUGGAUUCACAGGAGUCUAUAUUGAUUGAAUGCGAACAAGGCGAUAUUUCCGUAAGCAAAAUGCAUUCCCAUCUGAUAAGUCACGGAGCAAUGGCUUUUGUGGAUAAGGUGGAUCACAACAAGUUUAUUGCCGUUUGUCGUGAAUCGAAAACAGCCAAAAAACUGGUUAGCUAUAACUGGUUAGCUAAACCUCCUUGUAAAAUAGCAGCGUAUCGCGAUGUUAUCAACAGACAAAAUGCUCUCGUUGACUCUCUCGAUACUUCACUAGAGUCACAGAACAUGUCUGUUCAACACCAGGGUCUGGCCCAGUUUGCCAAAGGUCAACCGCUACACUCGAAACCUCCAAUUUCAUUGGCCGAUAUUCUGUCACUGCAAAAACCUUCAGCAGAGAGUCAGACAUCGUGGGAGCAGCACCGUGGCAGUCAACAUGCCACGAAUCGUAGCUUGAAUGAAUGGGAACAGGAUGACGAUCAUGUCCUUAAUAAUUCCAGAUUACCCAACCGAAAUGCUUUUGGGAUGGGCAACGUCGCACCUAACUGGAAUCGUAACAACCACCAGCCAUUUAUUCCCGGUAACCAGCGUCCUCCGUUGGAACGUGUCGACGAUCUUGCAUUCGCGAAUCCGCCAGCACCCAGUGGGAUGCUGCUGGCAUUACCACCGAGGGAUUUCCAACCGGGGUGGGCAUUCGGUGGUCCCAUGCAUCGGCCCCCAGCCAUGGUUCCGCCUCCCGUUACGAGAACUGUUUUCAUGCCGGAACGCAUCUCCCUACCUACACCGCCGGGAUGCGGAGUUCUCGGUGCACCAUUCAUGAACCCUGCCGGGCCGCCUCUUGUCGCCGCUCAACAUCCGGUUCCUCAGGAAGGUGAUCUGCGCCAGUAUCUCGCGGAGAAACGAAACAUUCGACCACGCGAGAUAUACGACCCUGUUGAAGCAGUUGACCACCAACCGGAUGAGGCCAGUUCCGCCAAACCAAGUUCUACAUCCAAGGAAGUAGACCUGCUUGAAACGUACAUUCGCAACAAGGAGCGUGAUAUCAAGCGCCGUUUAGAACAGCUGGAUAAAGAUAUUUUAACCAGCAGGAAAUCGCGGGAACCGCGUGGCUCUCGUUCUGUCUCUCCAACAGAUCGUAAAGCUCACCAGCGCAUCGAAUCAAUUCGAAAGGAAAAGAUAGAAAUAACCCGACAGAUGUCUGAAAUGCUCAGACUACCAAACUAUAGAACCAAUCCACGAUUUACUUCGCUUGCAGAGAAGCAGUCCAGUUUGGACAAAGAAGACAUGGAAAUCAAACGGCAGCUGGACGCCAAAAAGCUCUGGCUAGCUGAGCGUGAACGUUCGCUCUCUUCUGAACGCCACCAGCAGGAGGCAGAGCAGAGAAACAGCAGGCGGAGUAGAAGUCGCAGUCGCAGUCCUAAUCGCAGGCGUGACCGAAGCCCUAGCUAUAACCGGGACCGUAGUUUUAGUCGCUCUCGGGAACGGUUCCGACGAAGCAGUCGCAGUUCAUCCCGUGGAGCACGUCGCUCCGGCAGCCGCGAAAAAAUCAACCGCCGUGGGGAGCGAGUGUAUGGCACUCGCCGCAGCCGAUCACAUUCCUUCGAACGAGGCCGUCGAUCAGCUUCGGGAGACAGUUUCAGCAGUCGUUAUGAUCGUUCCGACCAAUUGUCUAAGCGUAAUGCAGAAUCUCUUAUGCGAGAGAUGAGACAAUUGGGGCGUCGUCAGGAAUCGAAGCACGAUCAUUGCGUGUACGUCGGUAACAUCGCAGAUACAAUCAAGACCAAUGAGUUGAAGGGUACCUUCGAUCGCUACGGACGGGUUGUAGAUUUUGAUACCAGUUUACGUGAAAAGUACGGCGAAAUCUACGUGGAGUAUCAUCAACGAGAAGAUGCAUUUAAAGCACUGGAGAUGAAUCGUGUUAAGAUUUGGGGCAAGCGACUUCGUGUCGCGCUGAACUGUCGUAAACCGUGCAACCGAGAAGGAUAUAGUGUAAUCGUAGAAUUGCCGGAACCUGUUCCUGAGCGAGAUCUCUAUGCGCGAUUCGAUGCAUGUGGCGAAAUUGAAUUCAUAUGGCAUUACGAGGGCUUCACAAUGGCAACCAUUACCUUCGAGAAGCCGGAAUCCAUGCUGCUGGCUUUAGGUGUUCGUGAACUACGCAACGGAAUACCGAUCAUCGUACGUGAAUAUAUCGAUACUGAACAUUAAGCUGUGUCUGUGUUGCUCGAGUAAACAUAAUUUUAAUUUUAGAAACAUUCAGAACAGCCGAAAGUUCACGACAUGUCCCCGAU